AUGGCGACCAUAUUUCGAAACCUAUUCCGCAGUAAAAAAUCCUCCUCCAAACAUCAAAACGAUGAGAACAACGAGGAUCUGGCUAGAAACAUCGACAAUCGUCGUUCGUUCCGCGCCGGCACCUCUUCCGCGAAAUCCGCGCGGCGAAUGAUGACGACGCGCUUUGCGGACGACGCAAUGCUCUCCGCCACCGCCGCCUAUCACACGAAUAAUGCGCCGAAAUUGAGGAAAGGACCACAAAGUUGUCCGGGAGGGUAAGGGAUAUUUUUUAUGUGAGAGUUAGGCUAAAUGUGCUGUUGGUAAUCCCAGAAUAUAACCCGCUUCUGGUUGUUUCUCAAAUAAACACAGUUAUUGCCCAAGAGUUGUAUGCCUAGGUAUUUUAUGCGAUCUUUUCUCAAUGGGGCGCAUUUGAACACCCGUAUUUAAAUCUAGAGUUGAAUAUCUUUCAUUUUAGACCUCUGGGUUGCCUUACCAUUUAAAUACGGGUUUUCAAACGCGCCCCAUUGAGAAAAGAUCGCAUAAAAUACCUAGACAUAUUACUCUUGCGCAAUAAUUGUGUUUAUUUGAGAAACAAGCAGCAGUGGGUAGUAUUCUAGGAUUACCAAAGGUCAGCAGCUCCUUUUUUCUCUUGCGAAAAAAGCGGGUGAGCAAAUAAACAUUGCUCAUAUUAUAUGACCGGACUACGGAGAUUAUGAACACUUUUAAACAUUGAUGAAUGAAACUCAACAAAUUGAAGUUGAAUAUAAAUUUGAGAAAAAAUAUAUAGGGCCGAGAAAUGGCGGGAAUUCGGCCACAGCAACAAACUCGCUGUAAUGUUGCGAAGAUUCUCAUUGUUGGCCGAAUUUCCGACAUUUCUCGGCCACCAAAAUAUUUCGGCCACAUAUAUCUUUCAAUUUUUUGUGAAAAUUCUUGAUUUUUCGUUCAAAAUCGUAGAUUUUCAAGUUUUCUACGAGUUUCAGCACAAAAAUUUUGAAAAAAAUUAAUUUCAGGUCAGAAAAUGAUUCUAGAUCAGAAUUUUGUGCUGAUAAUCAUGGAAAUCCUUAUUUUCAGCGGGAAUUCGGCCAAAGCAACAAACUUGGCCGAAUUCCCGACAUUUCUAGGCCACCGGAAAAGUUCGGUCACAUAUUAUCGAAAAUCUCAUCGGUACCACGACAACACGCAACGCAGACCGCGUCGCGCCACAAAACACACAAAAAAGGGAGGGAAUUCGAAUCGUUUCCUUAUUGGUGUGUGUUGUAGCGCGGCGCGGUCUGCGUUGCGUGUUGGAGCGCGUGUUCAACUUCAAUUUUUUGUCAGCACUAUUUGAGCAUUUUAAAAGGUGCUCAUAAUCUCUGGGAAAUAAUGAUGAAAUAACAUAAACUGCUGGCCAUAUUUUCUUAUCAGCUAAUAAAAAAAUAAUAAAAUUUUAAUAACACAUUUUGCAGAUAUCGCGAUGAGUCAGAAUGCUCAUUUGAUUCGGACAAAUAUUCGACAAAAUCUGGAAGAUCUCGACAAAUCUUAAAUCAAUCGACUCGUCAGAAUUACACUAUUGACGAAGGAUCCCAGAACAAUAAGUCAUCAAGAAAUAAAAAAAGAUACAACGAUUUUCGUCGAGGUGAUACUUCAGAAUACGGUAGUGGAGAUCCAUCGCCAAUCGGACGACAUUCACAUUAUGAAGGCAGAUUAGAUGAAUCGGAAGAGAAUGAUGAUUUUGAUGAUAAAGAUCAGAUUGUGAUGAUGGAACGGACGAAUCGGCAUUAUAUGCAGAAAUGGAAGGAAUCUGAGCAGAAACGAAGAGAGGAGAAGAAAAAAUAUAAGGAAUUGGAAAGAGAGAGGAAUGACAUGCAAAAUGCGAUGUUUAGCUAUAUGCGACAGGCGGAUCAAUUGAAAAAGGAGAAGGAUAAAUAUAAGGCGAAAGUGCGGCAGAUGGAAAAUCAAUUGAAUGAGUUGCGACAGCAACAGUUUCAUCAAAUGAAUUUUAACACGCCGUUUGGUAGUUUUCACCAGCAGUCUCAGCAAAAUCAAAGGGGUUUUAUGAUGCUUCACCCGCCGACUUCAAAUACACCGACGACUAUGAAUAGUGGAGCUGGGGAAUCGCUGGUGAACCCGGGGGAUAUGUCACUUUUGCAAUUUCAUCAGCACAGUAUUCCACACACUAACAAUAUUUUGGGUGGAAAUGGUAGCCCUUUGAUGCCAUUCGGUGGCAAGACAUUUAUGGAGGAGGAUGGAGAGGAUGAGGAUGAGGUGAAGAAUUUUCGAGCGCCCGCUGGACAGGAAUUGUGUAUUGAGACGGCGAGAGGAAGUACUGGGAGACAGGAGGAAUUGAACUCGCCGAUUAGCUCGGCUGAUAGGUGAGGGAUUUUUGGAGGGGUUUUGGCGGGGAUUUGUUUGAAAUUCUAAGAUUUUCCACGAAAAAAGCGUGAGAUUUUCGAAUUUUGGCUGAUUUUUUUGGUUAAAUCGUCAUUUUAAAUUUGAGAAAAAUUGAAAUUUCACAGAAAAGCUCAAACUUACUGAAAAAUCGAUGAAAAUUCAAUUUUUUCAAUUAAAAAAACCUCAAUUUUCAGUGAAAAGCUCAAAAUUUCAAUUCUACCCGGUUAGAAAAAAAGGAAAAAUUAUUAUUUUGAAAUUGAAAUUUGAGAAAAGAAUUGACAUUUUACUGAAAAAUUUGGAAAUUUCAAUUUUUCUUUGAUUUUUGGCUGAUUUUUAUUGUUAAAAAAAUUGAAAAUCAUCAUUCUGGUAUUAACAUUCAAGCAAAAACCUCAAAUUUAAGUGAAUAGCUCAAAUUUUCGAUUUUUUCUUUGAUUCUUGUCUGAUUUUUGCGAAAAAAAAAUCGGUGAAAAUUUAAAAUUUGAUUCUUUCCAAGUUAAAAACCUCAAAUUUUCAGUUCUGAAUGAUUAUCAGCCGAUUUUUGUGAGAAAAAUCGGUCAAAAAUUCAAAAUUGUUUUUUCAAUUUAAAAAAAAACUCAAAUUUCAGUGAAAAGUUCACAUUUUCAAUUCUGAAUCAUUUUCAGAGGAUUUUUAUUGUCAAAACAUGAAAAAUCAUCAUUCUGAUAUUAAAAUUCAAGUAAAAAAUUGAAUUUUUACUGAAAAUCUCAAAUUUCCUAUUUUUUUUUAAAUUUUCACCGGAUUUUUAUUGAUUAAAAAAUGGAAAAUCAACAUUCUGAAAUUAAAGUUCAAGCAAAAAUCUUUUUUUUUUAAACUAAACUUUGUCAAAUUUCACAAAUCCUACUUAAUAUGACCCCGAAAAUCAAUAUUUUCAAAGAUUUCUAACCUAAAUUUCACAAUUUUUCAGCAACAUCACAUUGAAAAACGACAACAAGGAAAAUAAUCGAUUUGUCAAAAUGCGCCCCAUUGAGAAUUCUUCAAAAUCAUCAUCAACUAAUAAUCGAUCAUUUUCAAUUAUGUCUAUUUGA